AUGGUGCGUGGAGGUGGUGUGGCAGUAGCUUCCUCCUGCUGGGGCCUUUGGGCGUUUGGCACCCUGUCGCUGGUGACGCUGUGCUUAUCGGACCAGGCCAUCCGCUGCCCAGUGUGCUCCGAGGAGAGGCUGGCCAGCUGCCAUCUGCCAGAAGGUUGCGAGGAGACGGUGCGGGAGCCCGGCUGCGGCUGCUGCCCCACCUGCGCCCUGCCUAAAGGGGCUCACUGUGGCGUCUACUCGCCCCGAUGUGGCACGGGCCUCCGCUGCUACCCGCCGCAUGGUGUGGAGAGGCCGCUGCACUCGCUGAUGCACGGUCAGGGGGUGUGCACCGAUGAGAGAGAGGUGGAGGAGAACUCAGCGAUGGACAGGCAGGAUGAGAUCACCCCCGAGCACCCGAACAACAGCAAUAUCCGAUGCAGUCCACAGGAUAAGCGCUGCAUACAGAAGACCCUGGCCCGGCACCCUCCGAAAUCCACAAAUCAGAGAAGCAACGCGGCCAGGGAGGAGACCAAGGCGGCGCUGGCUCCAUGUCGUGCUGAGCUACAGAGAGCGCUGGACAGACUGGCAUCAAAUACCCGCACACACGAUGAUCUCUUCACAAUCCCCAUACCCAACUGUGACAAGAACGGAGAUUUCCACGCUAAACAGUGUCAUCCUGCACGUGAUGGCCAGCGGGGGAAGUGCUGGUGUGUGGAUCAGAAGACGGGGAUGAGGCUGCCGGGGCCGCUGGAGCUGCGAGGGGAUCUGGACUGCCACCAGUUAAUGACUGCUACCCUGAGGGAUUGAGGAGUGAGGAGCAGCAGCGGGGGUGCAGGAGCAGCUGAAUUCUACUGGUGCUUAUUAGUAGAACUACACGAGGAAAGGACUUUGCUCUAAAGCCUCGCUUCACCUGAGGCCAACGGUACUUGAGCUUGCGCAACAAAAAGGAAACCAUUGAAUUGAGUUCUUUUGCUAUUUUGUGUCUGUGUUUGAGAGUAUGUGAUCUCUGAGUCUUUUGAGCACUUGUUGUGUAUUGUUUCUACUAUGUGACCUUAAGACAGAUAGUCUUUAGACACAUGCGCUUUAAAGUAACAGGUGGCAGAAAAAAAAAAAACCUUCCACAGAUAACAGUUGUAGUUGUGAUCUUUGUUAGAGAGCAAAAAUGUGUUGUUUUCUCUAGUCUAACCUCAGUGGCGUACUCUUGAAAAGUCAGAAAAUGCAUCGACCCCACCAGAUAAUCAGACCUGAGACACAACAGGAGCUGUUAGCAUUUGUUUUAUUCUUUCUGGAGCACUAGAUCAGUUGGAAUUACUGCAUCAGGACAAUCCAGAAAGGUUAUCAAUUAAAGGAUUGUGUACUAGUUUUUCACACAAUGUGUGUAAUUUGGUUGUAACGUAUGGCUCUUAUUCUACUGUCCUAUAUGUCGUAAACGCCACUCAUCUGGUAAGUUUAGUUUGGUUUAAAACAAACCAUGAAAUGUGUUUGCAAACACGAAGUCUAGUUCAGCGACAACAAACGUAGCAAUAAAAGAUGGGAUGAGAACAACGGAUAAAAUGAGAAAAAAAGAAACAUGGGUAAUAAAGAAUUUGCAACAAUCCUCUGCCUUGAGUUGCCAAAUGAUAAGCCAUAGCUUUUCACAACGUCAAGACCAAAGUGAAAAGUGAGAUUAGUUUGAAAAACUGUAUCUCUGAAAGGCCAGAAUAGAUUUGCUUCAUCACCCCCGUAACUCUGCAUCCUCCUCUCUUUGCCGACGAGCUCUCUCUAGCAUCGCGGUCCAGAAGGACUGGCAGCGUAGCUGGGCUAGAAACUCUGUACACUGCUGAUAGGAUAAUCUUAUUUUUCCAGCUGAUGCUAAGAUGCCAGUGUGACUCUCGUGUUUGUAUGAAUAUGCUUCAACAUACAGGAUUUCUCUCCAAACAGACUGCUUGGCAGAACUUUGGUGGUGCUAUAUACUGACUGUGCCAAAAUACACAACAACAACAACAACAACAACAACAACAACAACAACAAAAAAGGCUUCUGCACUUUUUGGGCAUUAUUUAGGAUUGGAACAGAAGACGGGGACUUUCAGGUAGUGGAGCAAUUAGAAUCAGCAAGUGUGAGGAUCACCUACAUGUGUGACCAUCUUCCAUGUGUGUUUUCAAUGUUAUUGUAAACAAAACAUCCCACAUUGGUUUUGCACUAUCACUGAAGCUAACUGGCUGAAUGUUCCAUUGGCCAGUGUUGUAAAUUGCAGGCGUGAUGUGUAUAAAAUACACAAGCAGAGUGUAAUAAGUUUGAAUGAUUAAGCUCCUGGCAGCAUAGCAACUCCUACUUAACAUAAAGUUUUGAGUGGAGGACUCUGAUGUAGCAUUAAAGAUAGCAUGAUGAUUAUGUGGAAACCAGAAUUUCCUCUGUUAAUCUGACAACGCUAGUUUUCCGUUUUUAUAUCGUCUGUAGGGCAUCACACUAAUAAUUACAGGAGCGUAUUACCAGCGUGAGUGACAUAGCUGCUCAUCGAGUACUUGAGGUGCGGUAGGCGAGGCUGGUGUCAUCCUAUAGUGAUUUGAUUGUACUGGUGUUGUGCAUUAUGAGUUCAGGGCAGAGUAGCAGGAUAAAGCUAAUGCUGGUGUUUGUCACCACCAGAUAUGGACAGCCUGCUCUAUCUGUUUCCAUGGGAAACUUUGGUUAUUAUUGACUCAAGCAAAAAUGCAUCUUGUGUGGAGGGACAGUCAUUACUGGUGUUGGUGUUCCUCGGGCAGUUUGUGCCUGGGCUUGAGUUCACUAGGGGGGACAAAGAGCGUAGCGAGUCCGGAGAGAGAGUCAGGUCAUUCCCACACAGAACAGCAUAAAUGUCAAGCUAACAAAUGACUGGUGUGUAGAUUACAGGGCAAAAAAAAUCAUAACGAGACAGAUACUCACAGGUAGUCACACAAUAGAUUUUGUCUCCACACUCUGAUUUUACCAGCUGAGCUUUAAGUAGGAUUAUUUGAGCACAACACACUGAAGAGAGGUGCAUUCAUCUUCUCACAGAAAUUUUAAAAGUGCCAUGAAAACUAUUAUUACUAUUAUUAUGCAUUUUUGCACAUUUUCCACAUUGAAUUUGGUCUAAUCUUUUUUUUUCUAAAAUGCAGUUAGUAUAUGCAUAUAUAGAGUCGGAGAAAAGUAAAAUGCUGUACAUUUCUCUCAUUCGUUAGUGAAACAUAUGCCCUUCAGGUGUGAAAAGUAGUUGCUCUCCCCCAGUAAUCUCAACUCAGCUAACUGGGGUCGGCUGGCGUGUGCCAGAACGAAUCUGACAAAUGUUGUCCCUUAUCAUCAGACUGAGGGUUUCUCUGAUGUACCUUCAGUGCAUCCUGAGGGUAUCUGAGGGUGUGAGGGUGAAAUUCUACAAAACUCACAUAUGCAAUUGGAAUAAAAAUUACGUACAGAGAAUUACAAUACAUUUUCCAUAGAUUCACAUCCUAUAUGGUUAAUCAUAAUAAACUGUUCAAAUGAAAACGAUCAAAGGCAACGUCUUUUCUUGUCUCUGUGUUAGCCUAGUUAUUUUAUAAUAUAUAUAUAAUAUCAGUCAGAAUUCCACACUUUUGCUCCCCAGUUAAUAACACUACAUACUGCGAGGAAUUUCAUCUUAUCACUUAAGCCAAUGGUCAAUUUAUAACCGUUGCUGGAAACAGUGUAUUGCCACCUGAUGACCACUUUUACAUGUCACUAUAGAAAGAAAUGUAUCCAAAGGUAGUUCACCAAAACACAGACAGAUAGAUAGAAGAUGGUUUGGGUGGAGAAUCUUUGCUACAGCUUAAAAAUAUCAAAAACCAAAUAUCCUAAAAAUCGUUCCAAAGACUACAAGCAAAAUAUCUGGAGACGUCAAUACUCAUUCAGUGAACUGCAUGCACGCACAAAAAGUUCCAGCAAAAUCCUAUCUUAUCAUUUAUCAGUUAAUGAAGGGUUACUAAGCCCAUUCAAACACAUUUUACUUUUAACUAAUCGGACUCUAAGAGAGAGACGGCAAAUGGUUUUGUCUUUGAUUUUGUGAAGGCCUUUUAACUACAUCAGCUGUGUAUUUAAGCUAUAGUACGUUGCUUGAUCUCUAACUUUGCUUUACCGAACUGUAAUUGCAUUUCUCGAGAGUAGACUGUUCCUGUUUGCCUUUGAUAUUAUCUAUUAAUGUGUAGAAGAUAUGAAGUAAUGUUUGCAUGCAUACAAAUGGACUUGGGUUGGAAACAGCUAAGGUCUUGUGUAUCUUGUCCAGAACAGGACCGUUAUACUCAAACACUGAAGUAAUCAAAGAACUGAACCAAUUAAACGAUCAGUUACAUUGUAAAUGUUUACCCAAUGAAAAUGUAAUACAUCAAUUAAAACACUUUAAGAAACUACAA